AACUUAUUCUGUAAAUUAGUACCGUAGCUGAGUGUGCAAUGUAACGAAUAAAAAGGUUAUUAAUUUAAUAGUAUUUUGUAACUAUCAUUAUGAAUGUGUAUAAAAUGAAUAAUGGCUUUGUAUUAAUAUUGAUAGCUUUACAAUUUUUAUCGACAAGUACUGAAAGAAUAUUGUUUUCUAUUUCAUCAGAAAUUGGAGCUGGAAAUUAUACAAUUUAUAAACUUGAAGAACCAGGAGAUGUAACCAUUGUUUUAAAAACUCUUAUUGGAGAUGCUGACUUAUAUGUCUCUGAGUUUAAGAGUAAAGCAGAUUUUAUGAAUUAUGAUUUAUCGUCUGCAACCUGUGGGCUUGAUAUUAUAGGUCUUCCACAUUAUUUUUCAAGACCAACAUUUAUUGCAGUGUAUGGACAUAUUCACUCUCCCAUAUCUAAAUAUAAACUUACAGUGAUUAUGAAUUACAGUUCAUGGGACGAUUUUCAUUUAAACUCUGAUGAGAAUAAUUUUUCUGAAACACAAUACGAAAAAUCAGAGUUUAAUGCUAAUGCAGAUUUAGAAGAUAUUAAAAUAGACAAUGGUUGGAGUUUUUCUAGUGUUUUAUGGGGUAUUUUAGAAACAUUUUUAAAAAUUCUUCUAGAAGUUGUUUUGUGAAUUUAAAACUUUUGAUAUAAAGAAAAAUACAUUUGCAAUCAUUUUUGUUAUAAAUCACAAUAAUGGAACAGAUAUUUAGUAAGCUUUU